UUUUUAGUCUGUGAAUUGCGUUUUUGGUGACAAGAGAAAUCGGUGAAAUCAUUUUGAUAAAUACUUGAUUAUUUUCCAAAGAUGUCUUUCUUUGGUGUAGGAAAUCCUUUUUCUACGCCGGUGGGUCAAAAAAUAGAACAAGCUACAGAUGGAUCGCUGCCGUCAGAAAAUUGGGCACUCAACAUGGAAAUAUGUGAUAUUAUAAAUAGCACUCCGGAUGGGCCCAAAGAUGCCAUUAAAGCUAUAAGGAAGAGGUUGACUCAGAGUGCUGGCAAGAACUACACUAUUGUGAUGUACACACUGACUGUCCUCGAAACCUGUGUUAAAAACUGUGGCAAGUCUUUUCAUGUAUUGGUGUGCAGCAAGGAGUUUAUAUCUGAAUUGGUAAAACUAAUUGGGCCUAAAAACGAUCCACCAACUGUGGUGCAGGAAAAGGUUCUCUCGCUCAUUCAGUGCUGGGCAGACGCCUUCCAAACUACCCCUGAUAUGCAGGGAGUCACACAAGUUUACUCUGAGUUGCGUCUCAAAGGAGUUGAGUUUCCUAUGACCGAUUUGGACGCUAUGGCGCCUAUAUUCACACCGCAACGGAGCGUGCCGGAUGGGCCGGAGCCUAUUCCCGAGUCGCCGCAGCGGCAAAUCAUCCCUCAGACCUCGCCGAGUCAUUCUACUAUGGAACAAGCACCAGCCAAUCAGCAGAUGCCUCUGACGGAGAGUCAGAACAAGAAGCUCCGCCAGGACCUGACGGUGGUGGAGAGCAACAUCACCGUUAUGAACGAGAUGCUGAACGAGCUCACCAUGCAGCCGCACGCCGCUCACCACGAGAGCGACAUCAAACUGCUCGAUGAGCUGGCGGAGACUCUCCGCUCGAUGCAGACGCGCGUGAUGGAGCUCAUCAGUCGCGUGGCGGACCUGUCGCCGCUCAUCGUGGACCUGCUCUACAUCAACGACCGCCUCAACAAUGUGUUGCUGCGACACAGCCGGUUUACCAGUAACAGAAAUGCAGCGACAUCCGCCUCUCCUUUGUCUAUCCUAGGCGCUGCCAUGGGAGUACCCAACGCUAAACCUGCUGAAUCACCAAAGCCCGAGGAUGACGCCCUUAUCGAUCUCGGCGAUGACGAUGUCCCUGACAUUGCUAAACUCACUGUAAAGGACGCACAGCCCGACAAGACUUCGACUAGCUCUAAAGACGAGUUCGAUAUGUUCGCGCAAUCCCGUAAUGUCACCUACGAGAGCUCCAAGACCGGCGGCAGCAGUUACUCGGACAACAUGGAGGAGCAAUCUGCCACCAGCCUGGUGUCCGCAGCCAGCCAGCGAGCCACGCAAGGACAGCCAUUGCCAUCGGGCAUGGAUCAAAGGGAGAUCGAUGAAAUAGCAGCUUGGCUUGCUCAGGAGAAGGCGGCGUCAGAAGCUAACCUGGGCACGGAGAGCGUCACCAGCAGCGACUUCGACAAGUUCCUCGCGGAGCGCGCCGCCGCCGCCGACACGCUGCCCAACGCCAACACCAACACCAACACCAACGCCAACACCAACGCCAACACCAACCUGCCUACACCCAGGCACCGCCAGAUCAACAAGGACGAACAGGACUCCAUGUUCGCACUUUAAUGUUGCAUAGUAAGAUUAUACGCAAACGAAACUGCUUUGAGUCGCCAAUAAGACUUGGUGAUUCUGAAAGGAUGUUCAAAUCUGGCCGCUUUUUAUGUAAAGAUUGCCUGUUUAUUGGACACUCCCCCCCACUCCGCCGCUAUAAUAAAUUUCAUAACCCUCGACUAUUUAUGCGGUUUAAAGUCAAAUUCUUAAUUCAUCUGAUGUGAUUUACUAAGGUUUGACAUAUCCAAAAUAUAUGAGCAUCCUUUCAGAAACUAGGAUUACCAGAUAACCUGAAGAGAACAUCUCAAGGUUUCGUUUGAGUACAAAGGGUAAGGGCCCUUUUCUUGCACAUGUCACUUGCCCAGGUACCCGAGAAAUGUUAGGUGCGAUGCGUGAGGCCUUUCCAUUGAAGCGAAGCGUGGCUGGUGGAACGAAGACUCGAAGUCUACCAAUAAAAUUGCAUAAAUACAGCAGAGCAAUAAUUUUAUGUGAUCCUAUUGGUUAAUGUUAUUUCGGUCCGCAGCCAUGCUUUGCUUUAAUUGAAAGUUAGCCCUAAAGCUCUUGUAUAUUUUAUCUUCACUCACUAUUGUUGCCGGGACGUGUGAAUACUAUCAAACGGUUUAUCAGUAGACAUUUUUAAUUGUCAUAAAAGCGACAACUAGCUUUUGUUUUUAACAGAAUUAAAUCUUGCCACUCGAACUUAAUUCGAUUAUCGGAGCUAUUCUAUCUGAAGUUAGUCUACUAUUUGCUAUUUUAUUUUACCAUGCAACAUGUCUUAUGGUAAACCGCUGCCACGUUUGCCCGACUACCACAGUACGUAGUUGUUAAGCGUUAUUUUCGCAUCGAAUCAUAUAACACACCCCGCGAUGACAUCUAGUACUAUCGUAAUAUCUCACAUGUAUUCGUAUGCCGUUUGGUGCCUGGCUUUAUAGUUGUAUUUGAAAUAUUUUAAGCUGACUAAUCGAUUGCAUCAUCUACUAAUUCUAAGGAAAAAAGUCUUUCAUAUAUUUGAGAUUAUUAACUCCUUAACAUCGCUAUUUGUUUCAUCAACUUAAAAUACUUCAAUAUAUACCUGUUUGGUGUUUAGCGUGGCAAACAAUAAAGUACAUGAUACAGCCGCGUCAUUGACUAUGUAUUACAUUAGGCUAAGGUUACAUUAGGUAGAUUCUUUAAUAUAUAACUUAUCUAGACUUCACUAGACCGCGGGAGCAUUUAAUACAAGACCACUGGCGUUCGAAAUUAUUGUAUUAUGCCAUUUAUUAACAUUUUCUAGUAUUGGAGAAUGAUCGUCGGAGGGUCGAGAUUGUGAUAUAUAUUAUUUUAUAUAGAUAUGUAUAUCGUGGUACUUUUAUUUACUAGAUUUAGUGAUUGCUAAGAUUGAAUCAAGGUAACGUAUUUGUAUAUUAAUUUAGUACCUGUUGUACUGCAUUUUGAUUUGUUUUUGUUGAUUAUUGAAAUUAUAAGAAGUAAGAAGAUGAAAUGAAAAUCGAUGAAGUAUUUAAUGUAUAAAUAUUAUUUUGUCUUUAAAUAUAACGAGAAUUAUUACUGUACACAUAAAAUAUUGAUGAGUUUUAUAUAAGUCUUGUAUAAUAUCUUUGAUCGUGUUUGAUAUCGAAAUCGAACGUCUUGCACUUAUGAAUUUACGAAAUGUAUUUAAUAUCAUGGUAUAUUAAUUAUAAUUACUAAUAAUAACUUCCUUCGAAGGAGUAUUGUAUGAAUUUGUUUUAUCCUCACGUUGUAGUCUCGAGUGUUAGUAAAUCGAUCUGUAUAAAGUAUAGCAUACAUCGUAACACCGAACAAGUUACCCCUAGUUAGCCCCCACUGUACCAAAGUACCCAUACACUAACGUGAACUAAGCCAUUCCACAUUUGUCUCAAUUAAAUGUUCUUUUGGUAUUAAUGUGAUAAUUUAAAAGAACAAGCUUAAUGUUAAUUAUUUAAAAGGAUUAUUUUACGUUGUAAUCGUUGUAUUUAAGAUAAUAAAAUAAUUACCAUACCA